AUGUCGGAAUUAUACACGCUUGAAAAGAAAACAACAGAUGCCGCUUUUCCAAGGGGACCUGGUAGUACGAUAUUAUCAACUGAUAGGUUGAAAGUUGUGUACAACAAGUACCUAAAUACCAAAGGAACUAUCUCUAAAGAUAAGAUCAAAAUCAAUUUAAUAUUUGCCCAUGGUACUGGAAUGAACAAGUCGCUUUGGAAUUAUCAUAUUAAGAAAUUGUUUGAACAUUCCCAGUCAGCAUCAACGUGGGUUUUGAAUUCAGUUCUAUCAAUUGACGCAAUCGGACACGGCGAUUCAUCAUUACUCAAUGAAGGUAAGAUAGGAUGGGUUUAUAAGUGGGAAGACGGAGGUAAAGACAUUAUACAAGUAGUUAAGCACGAGCAACAAAGCACGAACGAAUUCGUUAAUAAUGCCACCACUAAGAAUAUUUUGAUUGGACAUUCGUUGGGUGGAUAUAUGGCCGUUAUAGCGGGAUUUUACGAGCCAAGCUUGUUUGAUACCAUUAUUCCAAUCGAAGGGGUCUUGUAUAUGGAUCCAAAAACAGAUGGACGUUUCUUGGGAAUUUUCUCCAAAUUAUCUUCGAUACUAAUUGACAAAUUUAAUAGUGAAAAAGAGUAUAAUGAAUAUUUUACAAAAUUUUCGAUUUACAAGUCAUUUCAUCCUGAAGUCUUGAAAGAUUUCAUGGAAGAUGAAAAAGCAACAUUCAUUGAUCCAGAAACCAAGAAGACUAAAUUUAUGACCAAAGCAUCUACACCAAAUCAAAUGACCACCUAUUAUUCUGCUGGAUUAUCAAUUCCUCUCGUUAUGGCAAUAUUUCCACAAAUAAAGGUCCCAAUUGUUCAUGUUAUCGGCAAAAACGCUACGUGGAAUCCUCCAGAGAGCAUUACAUUUGUUCGUGAUGCUGUACCAAAAGAAUAUUUGUUGGAUACAAUAGACAUUCCUAAUGCCGAGCACUUAGUUAACGGAGACAAACCGGAUGUUAUAGUUAAAAUCAUCGAGGAUACAAUUAAGAAAAGAGUUGCCACUGCCAUUGAGAAUAGACCUAAUGAUCCAGAGGUUAAAUAUGGCGGGAAUAAGAGUAAAAUCUUGACGAGUCAAUGGGAUUUGAAAAUGUCUAUUAUUGCUGAACAACAGAAAGCUGCGAAAGCCGGGAGAAAGCAAAAGGCUUCAAAAUUGUAA